AUGCACAGCCGCUGUUUCUGCCCCAGCACUUUCUAUGGCUCCCGCUGCGAGUUUGCCGUGGAACAGAUGGAUCUGGACACAGUGGACGCUGAUGUGCGCAUGGAGGUGUCUGUCGACCAGGAGUUCUCCCCGGACCUCAGCAACAACACUUCUAAGGCCUACAGGGAUUUCAGGAACACCUUCCAGGAUCAGAUGCAGAAGGUUUAUCAAAACAUGCAGGGGUUCAAGGAUGUGGAGAUCCUGUCCCUGAGGAAUGGCAGCAUUGUGGUGGACUAUCUGGUCUUGCUCGAGUUACCCUUCAGCCCCCAGCUGGAGAGUGAGUAUGAGAAGGUGAAGGUGGCCUUGAAGGAGGAGCUCUGGAAGGUCAGCCAGGAUGGAAGCGGUUGCCAGAAUGACCAGGUCCUGUGUUUUAAGCCUGACUCCAUCAAGGUGGACAACAAUACCAGGACGGAGCUGUCUCCGGAAGCCGUCUGUCGCCGGGCCGCUGCCGAGGGCUAUGAGGACUUCUACUUCCCCUUGCUGGAGGAGAACCGGCUCCGCUGUGUCACCAAAUGCACGACGGGCGUAGACGACGCCAUCGACUGCCAUCAGGGCCGCUGCUUUCUGGAGAGGAGCGGCCCCACUUGCCGGUCCUGGGACAACAGGAAGUGGUUCGAGACCUGGGAUGAGAGCACCGUGGGGACUUUUUCCAACUUGGGUUUUGAGGAUGACAGAACAGUUAAAGAUGGAAACCUCCACGUGGCCUUGGAGAAGGUGCACAUCCACAGACCUGAGAUGGCCUCUUCCUCACUGUGAGCCCCUGACAGUGGGAGGAACCGUCUGCGCUGCCUUUGAAGAGAUGGCCAUGGACUUGUGUGGCUCAGUCUCCUGGUUUCCUUGGGCAAAAAUCCAACUUCCCUCUGACCCCCUGUCUUCUCCCAGCUUGAGUGAAACCCACCUGGAGCCUAGUUCAAAUCCAGGUUCUUCCACUGUGGAAACCUUGGGCAAGUCAGUAACGCCCCCACACCUCAGUUUUGUCACCUGUAAAAUGGGUGUGUCACCCUUGUCCUGACGUCUCGUGUAGCUAUUAUGAAAACCAGAUGUGCUGGGUCAGACCUCUGUCCCAGUGCAACUUCCUGUGUCAGCCCUCGUGCUGAUACACGGCUUCUCUCCCAGUGCCCACGGCCUUCCCUGGGGCUUAGGCCUCAAGCUCUUAUAUUCCUGUUACAUCCUUACUGCCUCUUUGUCACCCUGAAGCUGUAACCAGCCUGUAGCCCGUCCCAUUCUCCUACCCUUUCCUUAUGUAACCCCCUGCCGCACCCCUUCCCCCACCCCUUAAACUCCUCUGAACCCACCCACCACAUGCGGAAGUUUUCCAGCUGGGGAUCAAACCCGCACCAAAGCUAACACUAGAUCCCCAACCCACUGAGCCACAGGCGAACUCCCUGAACCCACUUCUUUAGUCACUCCUCCCCCACCCCCAGCACCCAGCCCUAUCUCCCCGUCUCAGUACUCUCCCUUCCCCCAUCCUUGUACCCGUAGCCCUAACUCCCCCCAUCUCAGUGCCCCAGUCCUAAAUCCUCCCUUCUCUCCUGCCCCCCAUCCCUAGCUAGGUACAGGUGGCUCCGCAUCUUAGGACUCUCAGCUGGUGCUCCCUAGGCCAGGUCCCCCAUUCCAAGGCUCCAUCCCUUCCUGUGACCCCCCAAAGGCCCUGGAUCCCAGUGGGUGGGGGGUGGGAGGUAGAUUUCCCCCGUCCCUGAGAAUGAGGGGAAGUGGGACCCUGAGGUGGGAAAGCUCCCUCACCCCUCCUACUCAUCCCUCAAGGCUCCCUCCCUCCCUUCCUGCUCCUCCCCCUCCCCCCCCACCUCUCCUCCCCCUUCCUCUCCCUGGUCUGGCCCCCAUCCCUGCAAUAAUCCCUGAAGCCAGAAGCCCCCAGGGGGGCCUCAUUUGGGCACAGGAAGUCUGUGAGUCCCUAGUUCUCCCAAGUGAACAUAAUAGAGCAUUCAUUGUA